AUGUUGAUAUCAUCAAAAGUUGUGUGGUGCCGUUUUUUAUUAAACGAGACACUUUUUCACAUGUCUGUUAGACGGGGCAGAGUCAUUCGAGUAGUUUCAUCUGGCUGGAGGAAUCAUCCACUUUACACAACUAUGGCCUCCACUUAUACAAUUACGGAGGGGAGCAAAGUCUCAUCAUGUCAACCAGACUGGGUCUCCAGGACUCCUGCGGAUAAUCCCGGUUCCUCUUCCAAUUUUUUUUCAGCAUCAUCGUCGUCUGUCAACGGGGGUCUCGCAGCACCGCCGCGCAUCCCACCGCCGGGGCGACGCGUGUCACGGUGGUUCUUCCCCGGCUUCACAGCAGAGGAGGCGCACCGGGAAGGAGUCGAGACUUCCGCAGAUAAGACGGCUGUGUCGUCAAGCAGAGGAGAAAAAAGGACAUUAACAUCCUCUGCAUCGCCGAAGAAUACGACCGUGCUGCCGUCUUUAUCAACGGAAUCGCGUCCAAUGCAACCCGCAGGGUAUAAUUUGGCUUGGCGGCAAGAAGACAAGAUUGAGCGUACACACGUUGUGCAAGGAGCGACGAAAAAGGCUCCCGCCACGAAUAUUACUACUCCCCGAGGAAAUGCGGCACCGUUUUCGAGCACCUCGUUGGAUGAUGAUCUUCCUUCUGCCUUCCGCGAUUAUCAAGAGCGACGCAACCAGAGUAUCAAGGCCUUUUUGUCCACGGCAUUGGGCAGCGCCUUCACAAAGGCUGGAAUGGAUAGCGAUGGGCUCCGCACUAGUUUUUCCGCUGCCGCAUCCGAGGCAACAAAAGAGGCGGUUGGCCUUCGCCGUAUAUCACCCAAAGUGCUCAUAUCGUUUCUUCCCGGGCCGGACAAUGCGUGGAACUGGGUUGACAUCUCAGCGCACCCGACGGCUUCCCUUGACGAGUACCGGGGUGCCCUCUCCCAAGUGUUGAUUGACCUCGGUACGCAUGAAACGCUUGUCAGCGAUGCACUGGAACCGAUGCUUUUGCCACAGACAACUGUAAUGGAUGGGUGUCAUUGCCUUGUUGUCCGCUACGCCGAAGACGUUUCGAAGGCCUGCAUGGACGGCUUUCAAGAGCUUACGAAUCGUCUCACCAUUCUUGUGACAGACACACGGGUGAUGACGAUUCACCGUACGCAUUGUGAAUUUGUGGAAAAUAUAAAAUGGAACUGGUUGAACUUAAUGAAGGAGCAUGGAAUACAGGGUAAAACGUUUCUUUUGAAUCUUCUUGUAAAGGAAUCUGUGGACACGUUUAACACCGCCCUCACGUGCUGCAUUGUGGAGUUUGAUAACUACGAAGGAAGUCUCUUCUCUUCGAAACGUCAACGAUCCACGCUGGCACGCGAGAUGUAUCACAUCAAGCGUCGAGCAUCCGUGUAUGCGCGAGUAUUAGUACUGACGGGCGAAGCCUAUAGUCAAUUGUGUGGUGCCCUUUCUAUCAUGCCAAACGAUGUACAAUUUCAAGAUGUACAGCAAGAUAUUGCCCAUGUAAGAUCCUUGUCAGAAGAGCUGCACAACAAUGCUGAGUCGGGGUUGCAGCUUCUUUUUCAACUUUCCUCCUUUCAACUCAAUGAACUCAUGCGGGUGUUGACGAUAUUUAGCGCCUUUUUUAUUCCAUUGAGCUUCGUUGCCUCCAUUUAUGGCAUGAAUUUUGAGCACCUGCCACUUUUAGAAGAUGAAUAUGGCCAUAUGUACUGCAUCGCAAUGAUGGUAGCAGUGGGGGGAGGCCUUGGUGUGUGGUUCAAGUUAAGGCACUUCAUUUGA